AUGGUUGAAAAACGUUGUAGGCAAAGUUCCAGCAGUGGUUCAGAGUUCAGCAUCCCGCCGGAUGUCGACAACCCACCCCUAUCUAUUCCUUUGAAGACUCUAUCUGAUAGAUACCAACUCAUCGAAAAACUGGGAGCAGGGUCGUUCGGUUGUGUGACCUUGGCAAAGGCACAAUUCUCCUUGUCAAACAUAUUAGGUAGACAACAACAGGAUUUAAGGGGUACUUUGAUGGACCAGCCCAAAAAUGGACAUCAUAACUAUAUAACAAAGACUCAAGGUGUUGUGGCCAUAAAGACAAUGAUGACAAAAUUGCACACCUUGCAGGAUUACACAAGGGUCCGAGAAAUUAAGUUCAUACUAGCAAUCCCCGCAAAUGAUCAUUUGAUACAAAUUUUUGAAGUAUUCAUUGAUUCUGAAAACUAUCAACUACAUAUCGUGAUGGAAUGUAUGGAACAAAACUUAUACCAAAUGAUGAAGCAUAGAGGACGCCGAGUCUUUUCCAUUCCUUCUUUGAAAUCUAUUCUCUCUCAAAUAUUGGCUGGGCUGAAACAUAUCCAUCAAGAAAAUUUCUUCCACAGAGAUUUGAAGCCUGAAAAUAUUCUGAUUACUCCAAGCACCCAAUAUUUCGAUAAGGAAUAUAUGAACCAGAUCGGUUAUCAAGAUAACUACGUUAUCAAGCUAGCAGAUUUUGGUUUAGCACGUCAUGUAGAGAAUAAGAACCCAUAUACUGCCUAUGUUUCCACAAGAUGGUACAGGUCACCUGAAAUACUAUUGAGAAGUGGAUAUUAUUCUAAACCUUUGGAUAUCUGGGCUUUUGGGUGCGUUGCAGUGGAAGUUACUGUUUUUAGAGCACUUUUCCCCGGUGCUAACGAAAUAGACCAAAUUUGGAAGAUUUUAGAAGUCCUUGGUACACCUAUCAAAAGUCCCGAUUUUGCUAAUACAAACCAUAUUAUUACUCCUCCACCUGGUGGGUUUUGGGAUGAUGCCAGUAAAUUAGUUCAUAAAUUGAACUUGAAAUUACCAGAUGUGGAGGGUUCUUCAUUGGACCAUUUGCUUUCCAGUUCCCAGUUAUCUGACUUGUCUGAUGUUGUCAAAAAAUGUUUAAGGUGGGAUCCCAAUGAAAGAGCCACAGCUCAAGAGCUAUGCGAAAUGCCAUUUUUUGAAAAUACCGUGGCAUCUCAAGUGGAGACGAGAACAGACACAACUAACACAGAACAAGCGUUGAUUUUCGCAGGCAUAAACCCACUGGCAGCAAAAAAUACAAAGCCAUUAUACUUUAAUUCCUCAACCAAAGUGCCGGUUGAAACCGAGUCUCACGAUUUUGACAUCAACCACAACGACAAUAACUCUCAAACAGUGUGUACACCAAAUUUGAAUCAAGAAAAACUAACCUUGGUAGAAUUUUUAAACGAGUUCGUUGAAGAAGAUAACGAUGACCAUUCAAUACCUGACGUGGAUACGGAUUCCACCAUUUCGGACUCUAUUGAUGAAACGGACUUAUCAAAAGAGAUCCGUAAUAACUUAGCACUGUGUCAACUGCCUGAUGAAGAAGUCUUGGAAAAUUCGCUAUCCAAUAUUAGACAGUUGACAAAUGAUAUUGAGAUCAUAAAUAAAGAUGAAGCAGAUAAUAUGGAACAACUAUUUUUUGAUUUAGAGAUUCCUGAACAAGACGAAUUCCACAAAAAGCAACCGUUUAAUGAGCAUACAGAUUUUGAUGAAGAUAUUGUCUUACCAUUUGUAAACGAUUCGAAUUAUACACAUACUGAAAAGCCAUAUCAAAAGGGUAGUAAUUUCCUGGGUAAUGCAUCUUUAGGCGAUUCAUUUAAUUCAAUGCCAGACUUUACUCCAAGAAAUUUCUUGAUACCUACAUUAGACAAAUCACAGGAAAAGUUUGAGUCUCAUUUAUCUAACCAAAACCAACAUUUUGGGAAUAUAACCUUUUAG